AUGAUUUUGAUGACAGUAAUCCAUUUACUUCUCCUUCUUGUGGCUUUAUCAUCAUCAAUAACUACAAGUUUCGAACAAUUUGGUCUCAAAAUUUAUUCCACUGUUAGUCAAAAUAAGAAGAAUGAAAAUAUAUUUGUUUCACCAGCAAGUAUUUCUCUUGCGAUGUCAAUGUGCACAGUUGGUGCUCAACAAGAAAUAUUAAAUCAAAUGUUAAAAACAUGUGAAGCAUCAUCAAAAAAAAAACAAUUAAUAAAAACAGCUGAACAAAUUAUGCAUAUCUUUUCUAUUGCUAAUUAA